CUUAAUAAGUGUACUUUCUAUGCCAACAUCUAAGUCGUUGAUGAAGACAUUGAACAGAGCCGGUCCCAAAAUAGACCCCUCCGGAACCCCACUUGUUAUAUCUUUCCAGCAGGAUUGGGAGCCAUUAAUAACUACUCUCUGAGUACGGUUAUCCAGCCAGUUAUGCACCCACCUUAUAGUAGCCCCAUCUAAAUUGUAUUUGCCUAGUUUAUUGAUAAGGAUAUCAUGUGAGACCGUAUCAAAUGUCUUACUAAAGUCUAGGUAUAUCACAUCCACCGCUUCUCCCUUAUCCACAAGACUCGUUAUCGUAUCAAAGAAUGAUAUCAGAUUAGUUUGACAUGAUUUGUUCUUUACAAAUCCAUGCUGGCUAUUCCCUAUCACCUUACCACCUUCCAAGUGUUUGCAGAUGAUUUCUUUACUCCUCCUGCCUUUAGAGAUCUGUACAUUUUGUUGCUCACAGACAGCUGCAGCGGCACAGGAGCCAGCAAACAGAGCUGUAAACAGGGGAGUUUCAGAGGGAGUUCUGUUGGAGGAGCAGGUUUUUGUAGUGUGUGUGUGUGUGUGUGUGUGGGCUGCUAGGGGCAGUGUGCUGGGAGAGCAGCGGAGGCCUGAUUAGGGGGCGGGGCUUACCUGAUUAGAGGUCCUAUAUAAGAAGCCAGCCAGUCAGUCAGCGGCACAGGAGCCAGCAAACAGAGCUGUAAACAAGGGAGUUUCAGAGGGAGUUUCCAGGGGAGACUAAGACACAGGAACUGACAAGCUAGUUAAGCGAUAGGGUGGUGGUCUGGUGCCUCCUGGGGUUUGUUUUGUGUUGUCUACCAGGGUUUAGGUGGGAAGGUUAUGACUGAUACAGAGGCAGCAGUGAAAGACACAAUGAGGAUGACUGGAUGUGGAAGCUGCGGCAUGCACAUGAUCCUGGAGGGGGUGCCUGAAAAGAGUUUUGUCUGCGUGAAGUGCCGCCUGAUACAGCUGAUGGAAGAAAAGAUCCGAGGACUGGAGAUGCAGGUGGAAACUCUGGUUGAGUUUAGGAGGGGUUUGAGCAGAUGAUGGAGCACAGUCACGAGGGGGCUGAAGGGAUAAGCUCAGAUUUGCAGAUGGAAGCAGGGCCAAAGAAUUCAGAGGAGAGACUGCUGGGUGAGGAAAGUGGACGGUGGAAGCAUGUGACUAAGAGAACCAGGCAGAGGAAAAGAUGGGCCAGUGAAGGAGAAACAGAACUCAGGCACAGGUUUGCAGAGUUGGAAAAUGAAGAAGGGGCACAGCAGGUGGCCGCUGAAGGAGCGAGGGCAAGGAAAAAGAGAAGAGCUGAUAGUCCUACAAGAGGAGGGGAGGAGUCAAUGGAGGCAACACCAAAUAUGAGCCCCAGGAGGAUUAGGAAUCAAGAGGACUUGCAGCCAGUGGGUGCGGGGGAUAGACCGAAGAAUCACACUGUCACCAGGAAAAGGCAGGUCUAUGUGAUUGGAGACUCCUUACUGAGAAGAACAGACAGGCCUGUAACUAGAGCUGAUCGGGAGAACAGAAGGGUGUGCUGUCUGCCAGGUGCUAAGAUACGGGAUGUGGACCUGAGGCUGAAAAGGAUCCUAGCGGGAGCAGGGAAGAAUCCAUUGAUUGUCCCUCAUGUAGGAACGAAUGAUACGGCUAGAUACUCUCUGGAAUGUAUCAAGGGAGACUAUGCCAGACUAGGGAAGACGCUUAAGGAAAUCGAGGCUCAGGUGAUCUUCAGUGGGAUUCUGCCGGUUCCUAGAGAAGGGCAACAAAGGUGUAACAAGAUUAUGGCAAUCAACAGAUGGCUCAGGCAGUGGUGCUAUAAGGAGGGCUUUGGGAUGUACGGCCAUUGGGAAGCAUUUACGGACAGAAGACUGUUCUCUCGGGAUGGACUUCAACUGAGUAAGGAGGGAAAUAGACUUCUAGGAUGGAGGCUCACCGACCUGAUCAAGAGAGCUUUAAACUAGAAAUUUGGGGGAGAUGGUUGGGAGAUGUUCAGGAGAUCUCCAUGCCGGAAUUUAACCUUGAGAGGGAAGUAAACAAAGUAAAAGGGGAUACAGCCGUGGACAGAAGAAUUGGCAUAAGGAGGAAGGGUAGUGUAGAUAGCAGACUAACAGAUGAUGCUGGUGGUAGAAUGUCUGUGCCUAACAGGGUAAAGAAUGAGAGUGAAGCCAAAUGGCAAAAAUUAAGAUGUCUGUACACUAAUGCGAGGAGCCUAGGGAACAAAAUAUAGGAACUAGAGCUACUCGUGCAGGAAGUGAAACCGAAUAUUAUAGGGAUAACAGAAACAUGGUGGAAUAGUAGUCAUGACUGGAGUACGGGUAUUGAAGGCUAGGUGCUGUUUAGGAAAGACAGAAAUAAAGGCAAAGGUGGUGGAGUAGCAUUGUACAUCGAUGAGGAGGUUAACUGUAAAGAAAUAAGAAGUGAUGGAAUGGACAAGACAGAGUCUGUCUGGGCAAAAAUCACACUGGGAAAGAAAGCUACUAGAGCCUCCCCUGAGAUAGUGCUUGAGGUGUGCUACAGACCGCCGGGAUCUGAUUUGGAUAUGGAUAGAGACCUCUUUAAUGUUUUUAAUGAAGUAAACACUAAUGGGAAAUGUGUGAUCAUGGGAGACUUUAACUUCCCAGAUAUAGACUGGAGGACAAGUGCUAGCAAGAAUAAUAGGGCUCAGAUUUUUCUGGAUGUGAUAGCUGAUGGAUUCCUUCACCAAGUAGUUGAAGAACCAACAAGAGGGGAUGCCAUUUUAGAUUUGGUUUUGGUGAGUAGUGAGGACCUCAUAGAAGAAAUGCUUGUAGGGGACAACCUUGGUUCAAGUGAUCAUGAGCUAAUUCAGUUCAAACUAGAUGGAAGGAUAAACAAAAAUGGAUCCGGGACUAGGGUUUUUGAUUUCAAAAGGGCUAACUUUAAAGAAUUAAGGAAAUUAGUUAGGGAGGUGGAUUGGACUGAAGAACUUGUGGAUCUAAAUGCGGAGGAGGGCUGGAAUUACUUUAAGUCGCAGCUACAGAAACUAUCAGAAGCCUGCAUCCCAAGAAAGGGGAAAAAAAACCAUAGGCAGGAGUUGUGGAUGAGCAAGCAUCUCAGAGAGGUGAUUAAGAAAAAGCAGAAAGCCUACAAGGAGUGGAAGAUGGGUGGGAUUAGCAAGGAAAGCUACCUUAGUGAGGUCAG